AAUUUUAAAUGUCUUAUCAUGUCAAUAAUUCGCCAAGAAAUGAUCUAAAUUUUGUUUAUUUUUCAAUUGAACUUUUUUUAAAUAAUAAAAAAUGAAUUUUGACUACGAUGCCAAAAUUUUGAAAAAUUCUAUUCUCACACAGAUUAGUGAACCGGUCGUAUUUAAAAACUUGAUUAGUGACUGGCCGUCUUUGAAAUGGAGUUUCGAAAAUUUUGAUGAAAUUUUUAAAGAUGUGCUGUUUGACUUUCGAAUUGGCAGCAGAAAUAUCGACAAAAUUAACUGGGAAACCAACUGUCCACACAUUAAAGCUUCCGCUGGACAGUUCAAAAAUUGGAUCUCAAAAAAUAAAAAUAUUAAUGAGAAAAAGAAUAAUGAUAGGCUUGAAAAUAACAACAGCAAUAAUAAUAAUAAUAAUAAAGAUAAUUGUGGUGAUGACAACCCAUUAAAUUCUGUAGAUCCAUCUACUCAUUGGUGUUAUGCUGAUUACAAACACAUGUGCAAACUGUUUGAUGAUGAUGAUGAUGAUUACGAUGAUGAUGGCGAUGGUGAUGGGGAUGAUGACGAUGAUGACGGUGGUGGUGAUAAUGAUAAUGAAGACAAUAAAGAUGACAAGAGUGUAAAUAAAAGAAAUAAAUUUGAUCCCAAUUUGAAAGAAAAAAUUCUGGCAAGCAUUGAUUGGUCGAAAUUUGGUUUCGAGGGACGGGCCGGGUUGGAAAGCACCCUCUGGAUUGGCUCUCGGGAGGCCAGCACUGUUUGCCAUUACGACACAUAUGGUUGUAACUUGGUUGCGCAGAUUUGUGGCAGAAAGCUAUGGGUGCUUUUUCCUCCAACCGCAGCAGCUGCAGCUACCACAACAGCUACAGCAGCCACAGCAGUAAAUGCCAUGUACUCAACUAGAAUACCUUAUGAAGAAUCCAGCUAUUUCAGUACUAUUAACAUCGGGUGUGGAUCUUACGACGGGUAUCCUAAUUUUAAGAGGUCGGCCAUUCCAUAUAUGGUAAUUCUGAAUCCUGGAGACGUGUUGUACGUUCCUAAACACUGGUGGCACUAUGUUCAAUGCCUGGAGCCAUCCAUCACCGUCAACACCUGGAUUGAAUUACAGUCGGAUCAUUUGGAUAGAGUGAAAGAGUCGAUCGUCAGAUGUGCCGUCUAUAAAUUUCUUAAUAAUAAUAAUAACAACAACAACAACAACAACAACAAUAAUAAUAAUAGUAAUAAUAAUAAUAACAACAAUAAUAACGAGUGUCAUUUUGAUGAUGAUGACGACGACGACGAUGGUGACGAUGAUGGUAAUGAUAGAAGGCCGUGGCUCAAUCCACAUCAUCAUCAUCAUUUUCUAUAAUGACGUCAUCUACAUCAUCUAGAAUGACGCAGUCGU